AUGUCUGGCUACAGCGUCGUCCACACGAAGGAGGCCCCUCCCGUCGACCAGAUCCCCCUCUCCCAAGCCAUCAAGACGCCCUUCGCCAUCUUCCUCAGCGGCCAGAUCCCCGCCACGCCCGACGGCGCCCUCGUCACCGGCUCCAUCACCGACAAGACGCGACAGGUCAUCACGAACCUGCGCGCCGUCCUCACCGAGGCCGGCUCCUCCAUCGACAAGGUCGUCAAGGUCAACGUCUUCCUCGCCGACAUGGCCUACUUUGCUGAGAUGAAUGAGGAGUAUGCCCAGUGGUUCACGCACAAGCCGGCGCGGAGCUGUGUCGCCGUCAGGACGCUGCCGUUGAAUGUCGAUGUCGAGAUUGAGGCUAUUGCCCUGCCUUGA